AUGCCAAAUGUACCAAUCACAAUGACGUCAUCAAACUGUUCUGCUUGUAAAUAUUCGUGUCGAUGUACUAUCGAUCCUAUUUUCAUGUCAAUGAAUUGUUCAUCAUAUCUACUAAAUAUCACUUAUGACGGUUGUUCAACCGACUGGUAUGAAAUCAAUUUUUCAUCUCGAAAUUUAGAGUAUUUAAAUCAUGAUACCUUUAAACAAUUACGAACAAAACGUUUAUUAUUAAAAUCAAAUUUAAUCUCAUUAAUUGAUGAUACAACGUUUACAUCUAUGUCGGUUAUACUUGAAUAUCUUGAUUUACAACUAAAUCAAUUACAACAAUUAACAAAUUGGAUACCAACACUAAAAACACAAUUGAAAGAACUGAAUAUUGCCUCAAAUCAGUUAGAAACAUUAACACAUCUAGAAACAUUGACAAAACUGGAAGUAUUGAAUGUAUCAAGAAAUCAAAUACAUGUAUUUCCAAAAGAAUUACACUAUCUAAUAUCAUUGAUCACUCUUGAUUUGUCAUAUAAUAAACUUUCGUCAAUACCAAGAUAUGCAUUAAACGGAUUAACAAAUUUAACAUACUUGUCAUUUGCAUCAAAUCGAAAUUUAUCAUGUAUUAUUCAAGACUCAUUUAAAUAUUUAAAAUCUUUAAAAUCUUUGGAUUUAUCUAGUACAAAUUUAAAAGAUUUGGAUGCAUGUUCAUUUAAUCAAUUAGUCAAAUUACAAAUAUUGAAAAUUGAACUUGUUCCAUUAAAUUGUACAUCAUGUUGGUUACGAAUUGCCUAUGAAAACAAUAUUCAAACAUUAGGUCAAUGUAUUGAUGUCACUCAAACAUUUAAUUUAUCAAAUUCUCUAAGCACAUUAUCUCGUUGGUGUCAAACAACGGCAGUUAAUUGUUCAACGGAUUAUUGUGAACCGGGUACAUAUUUAAACAUUGAUAUACCAUCAUCAGCUCUAAGUGUUCAAUCAAAACGUAGUCAACAUAGAAAUUUAGAUAUUAUAUUGGGUAUCAUUUUCGGUACAAUUGGAUUAAUUACUCUACUUGUUAUUGCCUUUAUUUUAAAUCGUUUACGGCAAGGAAAAAAACCAUGUUUUUUAAAUGUUAAAAAACGUUCAACAACAACAUCAACAAGAACAAUUGUUUCAAAUGAUCCAUCAGUUAUUGAAUCGGUUGUUACUCAUGGUGGAAAUGGAAACAAUCGUGACCAAAUCUAUGCCAAUAAUUACAUAGAUAAAACUCGUUCAACAAAAGAUAGUAAAAAGAGACUAAAUUUUGGUUACGAUAAACAUAAUCCCGUAUUUUCUACAAAUCCAUCACAAUUGAAAAACGAGAAUAAUUUAAUUAUUGAAAAUACCUAUACUGGAGGAAAUAAUAAUGGAUCAUUUUCGGAAGAUUUGUAA